AUGAACUUAUUUCUAGGAGGCUUUUACGUGCUGGCCGUCAUUUGUGCCUUGCUGUACCUGGCAACGCGAGCUGCAGUGCCAGCAGUCAACGAUGUGGCCUUCAGCAUCUUCCAGCGAACAUAUUUGACUGUCUAUCUAUUAGCCAUGGCGGGAGAUUGGUUGCAAGGGCCACACGUGUACGCCUUGUACGAGAGCUAUGGGAUGACUACAGACCAAAUUGAUAUUCUGUUUGUUGCUGGCUUCGGAUCCAGCAUGUUUGUGGGAACUAUCGUUGGCUCCUUCGCAGAUAAAUAUGGCAGACGCACCAACUGUAUUCUCUACGGAGUGUUGUAUGGGGCUGCCUGCAUAACGAAGGUAAGGUUCUUAUGUAUGUCCUUAUGUUCCUCUACUGUGUAUGUCCUCAUGAUCCUCUACUGUGCAUGUCCUUAUGUUGCUAUGCUGUGCAAGUCCUCAUGUUCCUCUGCUGUGUAUGUCCUUAUGUUCCUCUACUGUGUAUGUCCUCAUCGUGGAUUCGACAGCAACCUGCUGGGCAGCAUCUUCAGCCUUGGGGUCCUUGGCAACUCUGUGGUGGCCAUCCUGGCAGGGCUGGUGGCCCAGAAGUUUGCAGACAUGUUUGGCUACUCACUGUUUGAGGGAGCCAUGUACUGUUUCGUCCUAGAGUGGACUCCAUCUCUUAGCGCUGAGUACAAGCCCAAAGUGGGGGCCCCUGGGCAACUAGAGGAGGUGCAUGCAGACAUCCCACAUGGUCACAUCUUUGCUGCUUUCAUGGUCUCACUGAUGAUUGGCUCGUCAGUGUUCAAACUUCUCUGCAAGUUCACCUCAGUGGAGUCAUUCAUGAGGGGUGUGUUGUUUGUAGCAGCUCUCAGUCUGAUGACACCUAUUAUAUUUAAAGGAGACCAGCUGAUCAUCUUCAUUGGUUUCCUGGUGUUUGAGACCUGCGUGGGCAUCUUUUGGCCAUCCAUGGGCACCAUGAGGGGCAGAUAUGUGGCUGAGGAGACCAGGGCAACCACCAUGAACAUUUUCCGUGUGCCACUGAACUUUAUUGUGGUGAUCAUAUUGUUACAGCACCUCAACCGUGACACCAUCUUCAAGUUCUGUACUUUCUUUCUGCUGGUGGCACUGGCUUGUCAGCAGUGGCUCUACGUACUUUGUGAGAGACUGCCCAAGACCAGCAGUCUCAGCGAGAAGGCAGCAUCUUUACGGACAGACAGUGCGCAGCCGCCGCUACUGCAGCAGCAGCAGGACAAGAAGAUGUUGCUGGAUGAUGAAGAGGAGAUGGUUUAA